AUGCCUUCGUCGGCAGAGACUCCGUACGACGCCGGUCCCAGGCUGCUCCGCGACGUGUGGGCGCUCACGGCCAUCGCCAUUGUCAUCAUGGGUCUCAGGGUCAUCGCGAAGCUUCGCAUCAAAAAAUUCGGCUGGGACGACGUGCUCAUGAUCGUUGCGUUGGUGCGUUCCCCUUCCCCCUGCACGGCGAUUACUCUGUGCUAA